GACUGCAGGCCGCUCACACACAAAAAAAACAUGAGCAAGAACCAGAAAGAAGUGAAGAAGAUCCAGUCUGCUUAUCUGCAGACUGUGGAGAAGCACAAUCAAGGAGCCAAGCCAGAGAAGAAAAGCUGGAAGGCAAAGGAAGGAGAGUUUGCCUCGCUGAGACCGCCCCCCGCCAACAGGAUCAGCAGAGACCUGACCUGCUCCAUCUGCCUGGACCUCUUCAAGCAACCCGUCUCCCUGCCCUGCGACCACACCUUCUGCCAGGGCUGCAUCGUGGGCUACUGGGCCGGGCCCCGGGGUCACAGCCAGGGGGCCACGGGCUCCUGCCCCCAGUGCAGGAAGGUGUACCCGGGUCAGAGCUACAGACCCAACCGCAUCGUGGCCAACAUCGUGGAGAGCUACUGCCAGGGGCUGGAGGAGAGCGGGAGAGUGGAGCCCGCCCCGGCGGAGAAGGCGCCGGCCCCGGCCCCGGCCCCGCGCUGCGGCCGACACCGGGAGGAGCUGAAGCUGUACUGCGAGGACGACCAGGAGCUGGUUUGUCUGGUGUGUGGACUCUCGCAGGAGCACAGGAACCACACCAUGGUGUGUGUCCAGGACGCAGAGCAAAAGUACAGGGCGUCCCUGAACAGCUCCAUGGACUCCCUCAAAGCGGAGCUCAACACGGCGCUGCAGUGUGAUAGUGAAGCUGAGGAGGAAGUCAAAAAGCUUAAGGACCACACGGCUGACCUGAAGCAGCGCAUCGAGACCCAGUUCAGCGACCUGCACCAGUUCCUCUACCAGGAGGAGAAGAUGCUGCAGGUGAAGCUGAAGACGGAGGAGCGCCGCGAGCUGAUCCGCCUGGACGAGCACAAGGCGCUGCUGUGCGUGGAGAUCUCCCGUCUGCAGAGAGCCUUGCAAGACAUCGAGGACAAGCGGCGGGAGCAGGACCCCUUCACUCUGCUGCGGAGCAUCAAAGUGUGUCUGCAGAGGCCGCCGCUGAAGUUCGAGAAGCCAGUUUUUACGCCUCACAGCCUGUGUGAAGGACGCUUUGCAGGGCCCCUGCAGUACAGAGUGUGGAAGUCCAUGAAGAGCACUAUUUACCCAGUCCCAGCAGCCAUCACCUUGAACUCCAGCACGGCCAACCCUUGGCUGAGCCUCACCUCCUCACUCACCUGCGUCCGCUACCAGACCUUCAACCACGGCGUGGAGGACAACCCCAAUAGGUUCAACGCCGCCCUGUCGCUGCUGGGGAGCCAGGGCUUCACCCACGGCCGCCACUACUGGGAGAUCGAGGUCUACAGCAGCACCGUCUGGACCGUGGGCGUGGCCCGGGAGUCGGUACCCAGGAAGGGGGUCAUCAAAGCUCUUCCGGCUAACGGCUUCUGGACCCUCUCGCUGUCCUACGGGAUACAGUACAUGGCGGGCACGUCCCCGCCGACCGUUCUGUCCCUGGAGGAGCCGCUGGCCAGGAUCGGGGUGUACUUGGACUACAAAAGAGGCCUGGUGUCUUUUUACAAUGCAGAAACCAUGACACACCUGUACACCUUUAGGGAGAGCUUCAUGGAGACGCUCUACCCUUACUUCAAUCUGGGAUUCCUGGAUAAAGUGCACGAGAAUGAACCUCUUAAAGUUUUCUUGCCAAAAAUCUAGUUAGUUUUUUUGUACAGAACGUACACUACCGUUCAAAAGUUUGGGGUCACCCAAACAAUUUUGUGGAAUAGCCUUCAUUUCUAAGAACAAGAAUAGACUGUCAAGUUUCAGAUGAAAGUUCUCUUUUUCUGGCCAUUUUGAGCGUUUAAUUGACCCCACAAAUGUGAUGCUCCAGAAACUCAAUCUGCUCAAAGGAAGGUCAGUUUUGUAGCUUCUGUAACAAGCUUAACUGUUUUCAGAUGUGUGAACAUGAUUGCACAAGGGUUUUCUAAUCAUCAAUUAGCCUUCUGAGCCAAUGAGCAAACACAUUGUACCAUUAGAACACUGGAGUGAUAGUUGCUGGAAAUGGGCCUCUAUACACCUAUGUAGAUAUUGCACCAAAAACCAGACAUUUGCAGCUAGAAUAGUCAUUUACCACAUUAGCAAUGUAUAGAGUGUAUUUCUUUAAAAUUAAGACUAGUUUAAAGCUAUCUUCAUUGAAAAAUAAGGACAUUUUAAUGUGACCCCAAACUUUUGAACGGUAGUGUAGAUUUAGCUUAAGUCUGUAGACUGGAUCUACGGCUGCAAUGUUUGGAAUAUUAUAUAUAUUUUUGGCAAUUUAAAAAAAUUUUUUUUUAUAAAUUUCAGUUUCUGUCUACUUUUAACUCUAAAUCUAAUAAUACACACUUGAACUAUUCACUAUGUGUUUUGGCCAAUUUCAGGCAAAUUAACAUCAUUUUUGGACGAGAAGACUCCGUUUUUAUUUUUCUAUUUUUAUCUUUUUGAAUUGAUAAAAAAGAAAUAAAAUACAUCCAUCCAUCCAUUUUCUACCGCUUGUCCCUUUCGGGGUCACGGGGGUGCUGCAGCCUAUCCCAGCUGCAUUAGGGUAUUUAAAAAUAAUUACCGUAUUUUUCGGAGUAUAAGUCGCACCGGCCGAAAAUGCAUAAUAAAGAAGGAAAAAAAUAUAUAUAAGUCGCACUGGAGUAUAAGUCACAUUUUUUGGGGAAAUGUAUUUGAUAAAAGCCAACACCAAGAAUAGACAUUUGAAAGGCAAUUUAAAAUAAAUAAAGAAUAGUGAACAACAGGCUGAAUAAGUGUACGUUAUAUGAGGCAUAAAUAACCAACUGAGAACGUGCCUGGUAUGUUAACGUAACAUAUUAUGGUAAGAGUCAUUCAAAUAACUAUAACAUAUAGAACAUGCUAUACGUUUACCAAACAAUCUGUCACUCCUAAUCGCUAAAUCCCAUGAAAUCUUAUACGUCUAGUCU